AUGCUGUUGAAAACCCCUGCUUUGUAUUUGUUGCUUGUCUCAGCAAUGGGACUCCCGGUAUUCUUCAAGCGUCAGCCGGGAACUUUGGAAAGUACCAUCACCACCACUAUCGAUGGAAAGGCUGUCACCAUGCUGCAAAAGGUGUAUACCAGCACGGACCGGCCUGCGCAGACCAGUGUGGUGAUGACGACGCUGAAAACCUCGUAUGAGGUCCCAAUUUCAGCUACCGAGACCAGUGAUACCAGCACCGUUAGUUCCACUUCCUCCACUACUUCCAGCACUACUUCCAGCACUUCUUCGAGUGCUACUUCUGACGACGACGACAGUUCUGCCACCACAGCGGAUCUCGUUUUGUCUGCCAACGUGGAGAAGACCACCUCCAGCAGCUCGACAACGUCUAGCUCCUCCAGCUCCUCCAGCUCCUCUACCAUCUCCACCACCUCCACCACCCCUUCGAGCUCCAGCCCAAUUAGUGUCGCCAGCUCCACGGUUUCUGUCUCGUCCAGCACCAUCACCCCGUCCGUCACGACGAUGCCAUACGCCUCGUUCACCUCUUUUACCCCAUACGCCACAGAGACGACUGACGGUACUUGCUAUGUGUUCUACGAGAACGGAGAUGCGUACGACAGUAUCUCUCCAACGACGACACAGACGGUGACUGUCACCGUUGCUACCGUGACAUUAAGCACUACUGUGUAA